ACAAACAGCGCUCUCUUUCUCUCUAUGGUUUUCAUCUCAAAAUACGAAAAUAUAUCAGUUUUUGAGAAGAAUAUAUCAAAUAUACAUGAAAAGAAAAAAUAGAGUCUCGAAUAAGAACAUGAUGUCGAUAAAACGUAUCUAUCGAUGUCUUAAUGUUCUCAUCAAAAGAUCAAGUCCUUCCUUGGUAUGAUCCAUCACAAGACCACAACACAAAAUCAAUCUCUGUCUCUCAAGCUUCAAUUAUUACAAUCAAGAAUCAAUAAUGGUACGGACACCGUGUUGCAGAGCGGAAGGGCUGAAGAAAGGAGCAUGGACUCAAGAAGAAGACCAUAAGCUCAUUGCCUACGUCGAACGUCACGGUGAAGGAGGUUGGCGAACCCUUCCUGAUAAAGCUGGACUCAAAAGAUGUGGCAAAAGCUGCAGACUGAGAUGGGCCAAUUACCUUAGACCUGACAUUAAGCGUGGCGAGUUUAGCCAAGAGGAGGAAGAUUCCAUCGUUAGACUUCAUGCCAUUCAUGGCAACAAAUGGUCGGCGAUAGCUCGUAGAUUACCAGGAAGAACUGACAACGAGAUCAAGAACCACUGGAACACUCACAUCAAGAAACGUCUGGUCAAGAAAGGUAUCGAUCCCCUGACUCACAAAUCACUUAAUGGUAAAUCAUCUGACCAUCCCGAGACACCGCCCGAUAAAAGCAGUGCUCAUAUGGAGAAUGAUGAUCAGAAGUCGAACAAGAAUAAUGUAUUAGGAUCAUUAUCAGCUCGGUUCUUGAACAGAGUAGCAAACAGAUUUGGUAAGAGAAUCAACCACAGUGUUCUGUCUGAUAUUAUUGGAAGUGGUGGCCCAUUUAAUAGUCACACUACUCCCACUACAAGUGCUUCUGAAUGUGAGAAGUCAUCGAGUUUGUCCUCCACCCCAAACUCUUCGGAUCUCUUCAUUGAUCAAAACAUGAUCCUAGAUGCAACAUCGUUGUCCUCGUCAACGUUCUCUAGCGACAUCUCUGACCCCUUAUCGUACGACCAUAUCUUCGAUGACAUAGAAGAUAUGACCCCAUUUUCAUCAAGAUUUUUGAAUGAUGUUAUAUCUCAUGAUGAUGAAGAUUUCUUGACGUUGGAUGAAUCUUGUUUGGAGAAUACUUCGUUCAUGAGGGAACUUACAAUAAUUCUUCAAGAGGAUAAAAUUGAUACGACGGCGUUUAGGGAUAGUCCCGUGACAUCGAUCAGUGAAGUUGAUGACUCCUUUGAAGGGAUUGACAACUUUUUUGGAUGAAGUAAACAUGAAUUCAAGAGUAUUAUAAAUUUAUAAUCAUGAUGAAAAUUUGGCUUGUAAAAUCAAUUAUAAUUGAUUUGCUGUGGUUUUUUUUUGAAGUUUGAGUGGAUUUUUCUGACUUA